UUUAUGUUCAUUGUUUUGCACACCAACUUCAACUAGCUCUUGUAGCCGUUACAAAGGGAAUUGAGGGGGUGUCGCCAUUUUCUUCAACAAUGCUAGUAUUUUGGUCAAUACAAUUGGAUCAUCGUGUAAGCGUCGUGAUGCAUUUAGAGAGAUACAACAAGAACAAAUUAAGAAAGCUCUUGAUAUUGGUGAUCUUGAAACGGGUAUAGGGUUAAAUCAAGAGAAUAGUCUCAUGCGUCCUUGUGAUACACGUUGGAACUCACAUUAUGGUACUAUAGUUAGUAUUAUUGUCAUGUUUGAAGCCGUGGUGGAGGUGCUUGAAUGGAUUAAAGAUGAUACCAACCAAGACAAUUUUGGUGAAACAAGUCAUUUAUUCCAUAACAUACAAACUUUUGAUUUUGUGUUUCACCUUUUUUUUAUGAGACUCAUAUUGGGAGUUACAAAUGAGUUAUCACAAGCAUUACAAAAGAAAUAUCAAGAUAUUGUGAAUGCAAUGGCGUUAGUGGAAGUAUGCAAGCAAAGACUACAAUCCUUGAGAGAUGAUGACUUUGGGGACUUGCUUAAUGAUGUACAAAAGUUUUGUCAAGAGCAUGAUAUUGUCGUUCCUAACAUGGAGGAUUUGCAUUUUGUACCUGGAAAAUCAAGGUGUAAAGCUCCAAGACUCACAAACUUCCAUUACUAUCGUGUGGACCUCUAUUUUCAAGUCCUUGAUACACAAUUAAAGGAAUUGAAUGAUCGCUUCAAUGAGCUCAACUUUAUCCUCAAGAUUUUGAUCGUAUGGACCUCAUGAAUCUUCCAAUUCAACUUGACA